UUCAGAUUUUGUUCCUUCCUCUUUUCCUGUGUGUCAUGAGACCACUGGUUUCACAUCCAGGCCAAAGUACAAAUCAAAGUCCUGCUCUGAUGUUUGAAUAGGGAUGAGUUCCUUUCAUUCUGAGCUGCUGCUGCUUCUAAAUCUAAUCAGCCUUGUUUCAGGGCUGCAGGUGGAAACAUCACCUUUCUCCCAGGUGCCUUUCCUCGCUGUGUGGAAUGCCCCUACAGCUACCUGCCUCUCCAAGUAUGGCGUGGACUUCAACUUGGAGACCUUCAACAUCGCCCAGAACCAAAACCAAACCUUUAUGGGAGAAAACAUAACCAUCUUCUAUGCUGAUAAGCUCGGUCUGUAUCCCAGGUACUCCACCCUGGGAGUGCCUGUUAAUGGCGGAGUCCCACAGAACGCAAGUCUGGAUGAGCACCUCAGAGAAGCCUCUGAUGAUAUCCGCAAAUUCAUCCCCAACAGGGAUUUCCAGGGCCUGGCUGUGGUGGACUGGGAGAGCUGGAGACCUAUAUGGGAGAGGAACUGGGAUAACAAGCAGGUGUACUGGGAGGCGUCAAGAGCACUGGUGAGGUCCAGGCAUCCGGACUGGAACCCCCAACAGAUAGAGGCCGAAGCCCGGGUGAGGUUUGAGGAAGCAGGGAGGAAGUUCAUGGAGGAAACGCUGAAACUGGGGCGCGAGGAAAGACCGAAUGGGUUGUGGGGUUUCUAUGGUUUUCCUGAGUGCUACAACUACUACAACAAAAGCGCAAACUUCUCCGGGGAGUGUCCGGCCGAGGAGAUGAAGAGGAACGAUGAGCUGCUGUGGCUGUGGAACAGCUCCUCUGCUCUGUACCCUGACAUCUACCUCAGCCUCGAGCUGCGAGGCCUCAGCAGAGAGGUGCUCUUCUACACCCACCACCGCAUCAUGGAGGCCAUGAGAGCAGGGGCUCAGGUGACUCCAUCAGCACCACCUGUGUUCCCCUACGCUCGCAUCGUCUACACCUACUCAUUUGAAUUCCUCUCUGAAGAGCACCUGGUCUACACCAUCGGGGAGAGUGCUGCUUUAGGAUCUGCAGGGGUGAUCCUCUGGGGCAACCGUGACUACUCCAGAUCUCAGGCUGCAUGUAAUGCUGUCAAAUCCUACGUCGAAGAGAUCCUGGGUCCUUACGUGGUGAAUGUAACAUCAGCGGCCGCUCUUUGCAGCCAGAUGUUGUGUUCCUCUCAGGGAAGAUGUCAGAGGAGAGACCCGAACUCGGGGGCCUACUUGCACCUUGAUCCCGCCGUGUGGAAGGUGGUGUCCAAGAGGGAGCCGGAUGGGAGGAAGAGCUACAAAGUUUUAGGACAGGUGAUGGCGAAUGAGGUAACGUUCAUGAAGUCUGAGUUUCAGUGCCAGUGUUUCCCAGGGUGGGGCGGAGAGACCUGCUCCAAGCCAAUUCAGGGAUAGAGGACUUUUGUUAAAGGAGUAAUCCAGAGACAGUAUCGAUCUAAUAAAUGAGAAAAUGAACCACUGCAGAGGUAGACUGGGGCUGGUUUGGCCCUGAAGUAUUUUUCUGCAUGAGUGCAGUUGGUCUCCUGACAAUGUGAAUUCUCCAGUUUUUGACCAAUGUGCCUUCUUAAUUAAUCACUUUAGUAGUUUUCCUUAAUUGAUAUGGGAGAUAAUGUUACAGAUCUUUAAAAAUAAACCCCCAGUUUACAGUGUAUGCAGACUAAAUUUUAUUUAGAACUAAAGGUGUUAAAAUAAAUGAAGAAUGUGUUGUUUCUACCAGCUGAGUUUCUCAAAUUAACCCAAAACGUUCUAUGAAAAUACAAAACCUUAGAGGUGCUCUAUGAAAGUUUUUGCUGUUGCUUCAUAGUGAUACUUCGGCUGCAGUGACUCACUAUGGUAAAGUGUUUUUCUUUUUUUUCUUUGAGACGGGAGUACUGGUGCUAGCAUGUUAACUUCAGUAGAAGAAAAUAUGUGACAGAAAUAUAUGCAGGGAAGUUUAAUGCUCAACUCAAACAACAAAAAGUAUUUUUUAUGUCUUAAAACAUGUCUGAGGUGCAUUUUUAAUUUUAAUCAUUAUAACAUAUAAAUAAUAAAUAAAUUCCACUAAACUGA